AUGCAACCACAGAUCCUCGUACUGAAAGAAGGGACGGACCAGUCCCAGGGCAAACCCCAGCUCAUCUCCAACAUCAAUGCCUGCCAGCUGGUCGUAGAUGCUGUCCGCACAACCCUCGGUCCUCGUGGCAUGGACAAGCUGAUCGUGGAUCACAACGGUAAAGCCGUGAUAUCCAACGAUGGAGCCACGAUCAUGAAGCUGUUGGACAUUGUCCACCCAGCUGCCAAGACUUUGGUUGAUAUCGCUAAGUCACAGGAUGCCGAGGUGGGUGACGGAACAACAUCUGUGGUGAUUCUAGCUGGUGAGCUCUUGAAGAGACUGAAGCCUUUCGUCGAAGAAGGUGUCCAUCCGCGUAUCAUCGUCCGUUCAGUCCGUGUGGCCGCCAAGCUAGCAGUGGAUAGAGUCAAGGAGUUAGCCGUUAAGAUCGACAAUAAGUCUGUUGAAGAACAGAGGGAACUGUUAACGAAAUGCGCCGCCACAGCGAUGUCGUCGAAGCUGAUCCACCAGCAGAAGGGACACUUCUCCAAGAUGGUGGUGGACGCCGUACUGUCCCUGGACGCUCCUCUCUUACCGCUGGAUAUGAUCGGUAUCAAGAAAGUGUCAGGUGGUGCUUUAGAGGACUCCUUCCUGGUGUCCGGAGUAGCCUUCAAGAAGACGUUCUCGUACGCUGGCUUUGAGAUGCAGCCAAAAACGUACAACAACUGCAAGAUUGCGCUGCUGAACAUUACCCUUGAGUUGCAGGCUGAGAGGGACAAUGCUGAAGUCCGAGUGGACAACGUGAAAGAAUACCAGAAGGUGGUGGACGCAGAGUGGCAGAUCCUGUACGAGAAGUUGGCAGCGCUGCAUGCCAGCGGGGCCAACGUAGUGCUCAGCAAACUGCCCAUCGGAGACGUCGCCACACAGUACUUCGCUGACCGCGACAUGUUCUGCGCGGGCCGUGUCCCCGACGAGGACCUGAAGCGCACCCAGCGCGCGUGCGGCGGCGCUGUGCUGUCGUCCGUCCGCGACCUCGCGCCCGAGGCCCUCGGACACUGCGCGCACUUCACGGAGAAACAAGUCGGGGGCGAGCGGUACAAUAUCUUUACUGGAUGUCCGGCAGCGAAGACCUGCACAUUAGUGCUCCGUGGUGGAGCUGAGCAGUUCCUGGAGGAGACGGAGCGGUCCCUGCAUGAUGCCAUCAUGAUCGUCAGACGUACCAUCAAGAACGAUGCUGUGGUUGCCGGUGGCGGUGCCAUCGACAUGGAGAUCUCGAAGCAUCUCCGCGAGUACGCCAAGGGUGUUGCGGGCAAGGAACAGUUACUCGUCGCGGCCGUCGCGAGAGCAUUCGAAGCGAUUCCGAGGCAACUAUGUGAUAACGCAGGAUUCGAUGCCACCAAUCUACUGAACAAGCUGAGGAAUAAACAUCACAAUGGCGACAUCUGGUACGGUAUCGACAUCCAGAAGGAGGAUAUCGGCGACAACUACGCGUCGUGUGUCUGGGAGCCCGCCAUUGUCAAGAUCAACGCUAUCACUGCCGCCUGCGAGGCCGCGGCCCAGAUCCUCUCAGUCGACGAGACGAUAAAGAACGUAAAAGGCCAAGAUAUGCCGACGGCGGGAGCCCCGGGCCGCGGCAUGGGACGUCCACGCAUGGGCUGA